CCUGCCAGACUUCCACAACAUCGACGAUGCAAAUGGAACAGCAGCAGGUGCUGUGCCGCCGGUGGCGAACUGAUUAGAUUGCUGGCUGCGCGCGCUUCCACGUCAUGGUCUCUCGGUUGCCCCUCUAUUCUUCAAUGCUCUCUCGCCCGAUCCAGCUGCCUCUCGCUCCGACAUCUCAACCCCCGCAUGCUACUCUCUCCCGGCCAUCCCCCUUUCCCCUCUCCCUGCCCUCUCUCCCAUUGACCGCUCGCCCUCCUCACUGGUCCAGCUCGACACGCGCGCGGCGUGCGUGAUCGUCGCUGAAGCCCUGUCGCGGUCGACGUCGCUCUCGC